CACCGAUUUUUUUCCUACCCUUUUGACACAUCAAUCAGAACUGUCAAAAUAUUUUCAUUUUUCCACUGAAAAAGUAUACGAAAUUCUCGAAUUAAUUUAGAAUUUUCGAUUUGACUGUAAAUUUAUAAUGUAAAUUGAUUAGAAUUUCGACAAGAUUCGUUAUGGAUGAUAAAUUAUGGUUGAUUGAACUUGAAUCUGCACUUUUGGACGACUGCACGGUUAACGAUGUUUAUGCAAUAUGUCGCGGAAAGGCCAUUCCGGAAGCACUGCGACCGGAUGUAUGGCAAAUUUGUUUAGAUGUACGACAUAAGAGCGAUCAAAUGGCUUUGUUUAAUGAAAUUUACGAUCUGCCAUUUCAAAAUAAGCUGAGAGACGAUUGCGAUAAUUUCGUUGAUAAAUUGGGAAACGAUGACGAGGAUAAAGUGUCUGUUGUAUCGGACUUGGAAUCAAUUCUAACAUUUUACUGUAAGAACCGAAAUUUGCAGUAUGAAACGAACAACGGUUGGAUUGAAUUGCUAUUGCCGUUGUUAUCGUUGAAGCUCAGCCGCUCGUACACAUACAAUCUGUUUGAGGCAAUACGGGACACAUACAUACCAAAAGGAUGCGUCAAAAAAGGGAAUGUGUUUCACGUCUUUCGUUUGCUGAUACUGUAUCAUGAUCCGGAGCUGUGUUCAAUGUUGGAUACGAAAAAGAUUACGCCAGACCUGUACUCGAUGGAUUGGUUUCAGACUCUGUUCGCCGCCAAAUGCACAUUCCCCGUAGUGUUGUCCAUGUGGGACCUGUACUUUCAACAGACCGAUCCAUUUCUCGUGUUUUUCUUGGGAUUAAUUAUGCUCAUCAAUGCCAGAGAUCAGGUGUUGGCCAUGAAAAACGAACCGAACGAAACGAUACUGGAGUUUCUGUCGAAUAUGCCCUGUGCACUGGAACCGGAUGAUGUUGUCGACUUUUGUUCGUUGAGCAACUAUUAUUCGAUGAAAACGCCGUCCUCAUUCAAAACGGAUUAUCUGAAGUCACUUUUCGGUUCGAGUCAUGAAGUUCAGCCGACCGACUGCAUCGUUUCGCAGGCAUUGUGUUUGCCCGUGUCUGUCUACGAAUUGGUGGAAAAUGCGUCCAUGGAAUUGACGCAUCAGGAUGCGGUCAGAUUUUUCUUGGUAGACUGUCGCCCAGCCGAACAGUACAAUGUCGGUCAUUUGUCGACAGCAUUUCAUUUGGAUAGUAAUUUAAUGCUACAAGAACCGGUGGCGUUCGCUACUGCCAUUCAGGGACUACUGCGUGCUCAAAAGCAAGCCAUCGAAGCGAAUUCGCAUGCUGGCGGUGAACAUUUGUGUUUUAUGGGAUCGGGACGAAUUGAGGAGGAUCAGUACUUAUACAUGGCCGUCGCAUCAUUUCUACAGAAGAAUACUCAGUACGUUUCCUUACUGACUGGUGGUUACGCUGCGAUUCACGAGUAUUUUGGCGACCAUAUGGCCGAUUGUUUGGAGGAUCAUGAUCCGUUCGGUUGUCUGGUCUGCAAAAAAGACUUCAUCGGCAUGAAUGCAGUCGAAAAUGAUGUUCAAUUACGCAACAAACCGUCAUCAUCUGGCGAUGCAAAACAGCAACGGCUUUCUAGUGAUCUGUUUAGCAAGUGGUCAGCGGCAAUGAAAACAAAAUCCGCCGAAGUAAAGGACAAACUGUACGAAUACAUUGUCAAUCCCAGUGCACCGAAUCCGGCCAAUAAUGUGGAACGACACGUUUCCAGCAGUGAUAAAAAUGGACGACGAUACAGGAACGUGGCGCCGGUUUUCAGUAUUGACGAAGAAAAUGACGAACAUGUGGGCAAUGACGAAGCUAGUCAGCAAGCGGAAGAGAAUGCAAAAGAAGUGGUGACGAUACAAACGUAUCUGCAACAUGCAGACGUUAUAGCAUCGUUUAAGUGCCAAGAAGUUCACAUGAACGGAUAUAUGUACGAAAGUCAUUUGAUUGUUACCAAAACGCACUUAGUGGUGCUACGAGACUUGGAUAAAAAAGGAUCUGCACAGGUCAUCGUCCGACGUCCGUUGUCUAGCAUCGUGAAAAUUACAGCGAAAAAACGGCACCGAGACUUGAUCACAUUCAAAUAUGGUGUACCAGACGAUGAUCAGUUGUUGAUUACUGACAUGGACCGCUUCCUCAUACCUAACGCUAGUGUUGCAACUGCUACAAUUUCGAAGCACAUCGUUAAACAAUUAGAUGCAUAGAGAUAGUUUAAAACUUUUGUAUUUUACGACCUUGACAACCUUGUUCUUGAUAGCGUCAAAUUACCAGAGUAUACAGCAACUCCGCACCACCAUUUUCGUUAAAAUCUUUUUUGUUUUUAUUAAUUUUAUUUAUAUUUUUCCUUUUAAGUAAAGAGUAUAGUAAACUGAAUUGGUGUU